GCGCGCAGGCAGCGCGCAGGCAGCGCGGGCGGAUGGAGUAGGGCGGGCCGGGGCGCAGCGCCGCGCUCCCACGCGUGUCCCCGCUCCCACGGCGGGCCGGGAGGCUGCCCCGCCGCCCCAGGUUGAUGUCAGGAUGCAGCACUAUGGAGUGAACGGGUACUCGCUGCACGCCAUGAACUCGCUGAGCGCCAUGUACAACCUGCACCAGCAGGCAGCCCAGCAGGCCCAGCACGCCCCCGACUACCGGCCCUCCGUGCACGCCCUCACCCUGGCUGAGAGACUGGCUGACAUCAUUUUGGAGGCACGUUAUGGAUCCCAGCACCGCAAACAGAGGCGGAGCCGCACGGCCUUCACCGCCCAGCAGCUGGAGGCCCUGGAGAAGACCUUCCAGAAGACCCACUACCCAGAUGUGGUGAUGAGAGAGCGGCUGGCCAUGUGCACAAACCUGCCUGAGGCCAGGGUCCAGGUCUGGUUCAAGAACCGGCGAGCCAAAUUCCGGAAGAAGCAGCGCAGCCUGCAGAAGGAGCAGCUGCAGAAGCAGAAGGACUGUGAGGGGAGCCACAGCGAGGGAAAGAUGGAGCCCCCUGUGCUGGAGACCCAGGCUCCCACCCCGGACACUGAGAAGGUCCAGAGCCUCCCCAGCGAGGUGGGCACCGACCUCAACCUGACCCUGUCGGAGCAGUCUGCCAGCGAGUCGGCACCCGAGGACCAGACCGACAGGGAGGAGGAGUUCAAGAGCACCUUGGAUGAGGCCAAAGUGGACAAGAGCCCUGGUGUGGACAGCAAGGCUUUGAACUGCAAGAGAGCCAGCCCAAAAGCAGAGUCCCCUCUCAGCACGACUGUGACGCCUUCAUCCAGCAGUGGCCUGGCUCAGACUCACUCCUACUCCUCCUCGCCCCUGAGCCUCUUCCGCCUGCAGGAGCAGUUCCGCCAGCACAUGGCAGCCACCAACAACUUGGUCCAUUACUCCUCCUUCGAAAUGGGGACACCGUCCGCCAUGCCCUACUUGGGCAUGAACGUCAACAUGGCCCCGCUGAGCUCCCUGCACUGUCAGUCCUAUUACCAGUCGCUGUCCCACGCUCAGCAGGUCUGGUCCUCCCCCAUCCUGCAGGCCUCCAGCUCCCUGCCGAGCCUGAACAGUAAAACCACCAGCAUUGAGAACCUGAGGCUCCGGGCCAAGCAGCACGCGGCGUCCCUGGGGCUGGACACCCUCCCCAACUGACUGCCCUGAGAAGGUGCCCCAGGGGCUGGCACCACUCCUGGCACUCCUCGGAUCCCCAGCACCCCCACCUCUUCUGGAGUGAGGUGCUCCCUUGCAGGGAAAACUUUGUGUUUAUUAACGUCCUGUUAGCACCAUGGUUGCGUCAGACAUUGCUACUGGCCUGGUCUUCGCUAAAUAUUUAAUGAGGAAGGGGGAGAGGAUCUGUGUUUAGACAGAUGAACUGUGCUCUGGACUGCCAUGGGUUCAGCCUGUAACGUUCAGGAGGAGCCCCCUCUCCUCAUCCCUCGAUAAGGUGCCAACUGUGUUUUAUUCAUCUUUUGUUUUGUUGCUGUUGUUACGUUCUUUGGGGGAAGAAAGAGUCCUGCUUCAUCUUGUAUAUAGUUUAAAAUGUUGGCAGCACCCAUCAUCUGUGUGUUACUGUCAGUGUUACAGAACUGUGACUUCUUUUGCUUUUAUUCCCCUUUCCUUUUCGAUUUUAGUAGCUAGGAUCAGAGUUACAAAACAGCCAUCACCUCGACCUCAGCUGGUAGCUAGUUGCUCUUCUUGGGUCAGCGUCCUAAAGGUGUUCAUGAGGAAGAGACAUGAUCGUGCACUUCACCCCUACAUUCUCCCUUCUCUGCUGAAGCUAAUUUUUUAACAACUGGGAAAUGAUCUGAAGGUGAAUUUCCUGUUUAAGCACUUCCUAUAAGGCAAGCAUUUUUCUUUUUAAUAGCACUUGCUCAAAGAGGACAAAAUAUUGGCCAAACGCUGCGGGCUGGGAGCAAAUGAAGGCCAAAUUUGCAGAUUAUUUUUGAUCUAUAUUGUUUCUUCUUUGAUCUUCAGAGAAGUGUAAACUUUAUUUACAAGUUACAGGGUUUUCUUUUUGGAGAGCAUUUUGGUCUUUGGUAAUAGAUAGUAAUAAAA